AUGAUCCAUGGUGCUUGCGGAGGCCUCCGCACUGUUGACAUCCUGGCGGAGCGAGCUGUGGCCCAUGGAAGCAGUGCUGCAGCUGUUGAGGAUCGCGUUGCCGCCCUGGAGGCCUUGCUGGAGCCAGCGCGCAGAGGUGAGGACUGCGCCAUCGCUGCUUUAGCAGACAGCUUGCAGGACUGGCAUGCCAAGGUCCGGCACACCGCCUUGGAUGCGCUGUCCGAGGUCGAUGGCCAGUCUGAUGCGGAGGGAAGAAGGACAUUGGCCUGCAGCAGUCACCAUUGCAUGAUCGUUUGGAAGAUGGCGGUGCAUUAUCACUUUGCCAUGGCCUCAGAUGAGAAGCCGCCAGGCUACCUGGAUGGACAUUCGCCGGAGCAAAUCAAUGCUGUCAGCAGUGCUUUGAUCGUAGGAAUGCUGGUGGUUCCAAUCAUCGGAGGAAUUUUGGACCGAACCAUAUGCAAGAGGUAUUCAGCGCACAGCAGGGAACCUAUGUGGGUGUGGCUGCUGAUCAUUCUCAGCUAUGGAUAUUUGAUCCCAGGACUUGUAGAGGUGCUUUUCAGCUUCAACAUCGUCUUCGACAUGGGCAGCAAGGGCUAUUAUGGCAUUGGGCCAGGCGGUAGCAUCAACAAAGCACCACCCACGACUGAGACGAUGCUUGGCUUGAUUCGUCUUCUGAACGACACUGGGGGACAGCUGGGUGCUGCUCUGGUGAUCAUUUAUGCCAUUGUGAUCCCCAUCAUCAAAUUGCUUUUGACCUUCUUCGGAAAUACCUUGCAAUUGGCUUCCUGCGGGAAUCAUCGCAGGGCGUCUCGCAGGUGCAUCCAAGUGGUUCAGAAUAUCUCCAAGUGGGCUUGCCCUGAUAUGUUUGCCUACAUUAUCCUGAUGCAUCUUGUGAGAUCCUUGACAGUGCCACCGUAUUUCAAAGCGAAUGGCCGAUUGGACAUUGGCUUCACCUACUUUAGCCUCUUUUGCCUUGGAUCGACGGUGGCUUCACUUGGUAUUCGGGUCCCAGACCGGGAGCAUUUUUGCUUUCAACAAUUGGGCAAGCUCCUGGGUCCACGACGGCUCAUUUUCGUGACCAUGUCCCUCUCCGUGGCAUUCUUCAUUUUGUUCUUUUGCGGACUUUCGCAGACGGUGAUGUCCCUGAAAGUCGCGAACUCACUUCCAGAUUUGGUGAAAAUGGUGUUGAGUUUUGUGGGGCUGAAGCCAGAAGAUCUCGAGUCAGAGGUGAAUGUCUUUGACCUGAUUCAUGGCUUGGCCCAGGAGACUUUUGAGGAGGGCAAGGUCACCAGCUUCGUUGGCUUCAUCAUGUUCUGUGUUUUUGUGAUUGGCAUGACCCUUGUUGACAUCAUGGCUUUGAUGGCGGCGUCGAUUGCAGCGCACAACCGGACACCCGCAGCUCGUUGGAUGCAGCUGUCCUGGAUUGUGAAGAAAUUGUCGAUGGUAGAUGUGAUGUGCAUGGGUGUCUUGGUGGUGACCCUGUGCUUCUCAAUGUACCGAGAAUAUGUCAUCGUCACCAUGGGGAUUGGUCAGUGGCUCUUAGUGGCAGCAGAGGUGGUGCACUACUUCACCUACUACACGGUGAAGGGUGUGAUUGAAGUCACUGAGAAGGUGGACUUGGGCCAAACAGCAAAGGGAGAUGAGGAAACCGACCUCUCCAGCCUUCUUGUCACUUCAACAGGUCUCUUCACACCGCCCAAAGCUUUGCUGGACCAAGGCUGUUGCAGGCUGCACUACAACGCGGCCCUGACAGCACAGCGGCGUGCUGAGCACUGGCAGAGUGCUCAAGUGAUGCUGUGCGAGAUCUACCAGGCUGCCAUGGAGCCAACUACAAGGAGCCUCAAUGCCUUGCUGGGUGCCUCCAAGCUAUGGCGCCGCACGGCUCUCCUUCUGCAAGCGAUGCGCAGCAGCUACUCGGGUGAUGCCUGCAGCUACAGUGAUGCGAUGAAUGCCUAUCGCCGUGGGUCCCAGUGGAAUCUGGCUCAGCAAAUCUUUGCAGAGAUGCCCCAGAAGCAGGUGCAGCAGAAUGUCUUCCACUUCAACGAGGUCAUGUGCAACAUCCUCCAGGAGGAGAAGCAGUGGGUCUUGGUGCUUCAACUCUAUGAUGCUAUGGGUGCGACUGGAGUGCCGCUUGGAAGGGUUUUGGCGCAGCUGGAUGCAGCAGAAGAUUUGGGACCUCUCAGACACAUCUGA